AGGCUCUAGUUCCAACCUCCACCUGCGCCGCCCGAUAGCAAAACGCAGCGACCUCGCCCCCCCUGCCCCGCUCCUCCCCUUUUCCCGGUAGCAGAGACGGAGCACCGCAGCCCGCCAGAAAGGAAGACGAAACGCGCCGCGGCGCAACGCACCGCGUGCUAGUGAAAGGGCGCAGCGGAAGGCCGCCGCCGCGCUGCUAUUUAGACAGGAAGCGGGGCGAUCGAAUCGCGUCUCUCAACCAAUCGAUAAAUCUGCCGGUAGGUCGAUCAAGGAGAGCGCGGUCCACGUCUCCGUUCCGUUCCGUUGCGGGGAAGGAAGGAAGGAGAGAGAGGAGCGAUGGCGUCCGGGUACCGCGCGGAGGAGGAGUACGACUACCUGUUCAAGGUGGUGCUGAUCGGGGACAGCGGCGUGGGGAAGUCGAACCUGCUGUCGCGGUUCGCCAGGGACGAGUUCAGCCUCGAGACCAGGUCCACCAUCGGCGUCGAGUUCGCCACCAAGACCGUCCAGGUCGACGACAAGCUCGUCAAGGCACAGAUCUGGGACACCGCCGGGCAGGAGAGGUACCGCGCCAUCACGAGCGCAUACUACCGCGGCGCGGUGGGCGCGCUGGUGGUGUACGACGUGAGCCGCCGCACCACCUUCGACAACGCGGAGCGCUGGCUGCGGGAGCUGCGGGACCACACGGACGCCAACAUCGUGGUCAUGCUGGUGGGCAACAAGGCCGACCUGCGCCACCUCCGCGCCGUCUCGCCCGAGGACGCGGCGGCCUUCGCCGAGCGGCACGGCACCUUCUCCAUGGAGACGUCGGCGCUGGACGCCACCAACGUGGAGCGCGCCUUCGCCGAGGUGCUCCGCCAGAUCUACCACGUCGUCAGCCGGAACGCGCUCGACAUCGGGGACGACCCCGCCGCGCCGCCCAGGGGCAAGACCAUCGACGUCAGCGCCGCCAAGGACGAGGUCUCCCCUGUGAACGCGGGCGGGUGCUGCUCGUCGGCUUAGCCCUGGUCAAACAUACGCUUUGCUGAUUAAGGAAGACAUAACGUGAUGACAAUCUUUGUUGACUUCGUCAAGCGGUUGGGGGUGGUUGGCGCUCGUGAUGUGUUUGCAGACUAGCAAUCGCUGUCCUCGAUUGUAUUUUUCGGGCUAUUUUUUGAUUGAUGCACUUGGGUGACGCACACAUUUACAAGUGGCAGGUUAUGGACCAUAUGGGGAGCGAUUUACACUGAUUUGGAUGAAA